AUGGGCCUUGAAGAGUUCACAUUUCUUGAGAAGAAAUUGAACGGCGAAAACAAGCAGGCUUUGUUCAAAGAUGUGAACGAUGACACCAAAGUCGUCCGCAACAAGGAAGAUAUGAAAAACUUGGUGCUAGGCAAGUCGAAGGAAGCGGACUUCCGAGAUCUCAAACCCAAUGAACAAGCGCGCAUUGUGGUGCAAAGGCUACGCCAGAUGAUCGGAACACUCCAAUAUAUGCAGGACAAGGAAGUCAAAGCCAUAUGGGUUAAAGAGAAGAACCGAAUGGGCGCAAUAAUCAAGUUCAUCGACGAGAAUCUGCCCAAGACACCUAGAGUCAUCAAGGGUCGCGGUACACCAGAGAGGACUUUGGGAUCUUGGAAGCCGCAAGAUCUCGGCGAUAAAUGGGAUAAGUACAUGGAUAAAGUCUUCGACAAGGCAAAGGAAAGAGCGACAGACCUGGUAGAGGGCAAUUUGGAAGAUUUGAAAAAGGAAUGGGACUCUCAGAAGAAGAGGGGCGAGUACAAGGCUGAUGCCAACGACGACCAGAAGAAAAAGGAUGAGAAGAAGGCAUUGGAGAAAAUACACAAGGACGUUCUUGAUAUUAUCAAGAAGUGUAGUGACGCGUGGGACAAGGUCAAGGACUGGAAGAAUCCGUGGAAGAACGAUGGCCUGACGGAUCCAGCCCAGUAA